CGACUGUUUCCUAAGAGUAAUUUUGAUUACCAGUUAAUUUUCUUCUUGAUGCUUUUGAAAAUAGGAAAAGGAAUGAUGUAUUCUCCAUCGUCUUCGCAAUGGCUUGAAUCGCUGUCUUUUUGUUAAGUGCUAGACUAUUUAAACAUGGGCACUUCUAUUGCAAAGCCAUCAAAACAUCAAGAGAACACGAAUAAGCGUGUUCCUGCCGUCCUAAAGCAGACAUGUGAACGGGAAGAAGCCCAAGUAUCGUCAUCAGAUUCAUUCCGUUUUGAACCUCUUGGUGAUAUAUAUACUGAGAUCCUGACGGCAGAUAUCCGCUCCGACUUUCUUUACACGGGGUUAAAUCAACAUUAUGGGGUAGGGAAUGCGAUAACCGCUUCGUUCAACCUCGUACCAACAGCCACAAAUGAUCCAGCUUUUCUUUUCAAACAUCGAGCUGUUAUAAGACUUGCACCAAUACUAAACAAAUAUCAAGCUGAUGGAGGAGUAGAGUACGAUUUGCGAAUCGAAACAUCGAUGAUGAUGGCCUUUAAGAUCCUCAUCAAACAAAUAUCGAGAACAAAAUUUAAAAAAUCCGUUGUUAUAGAAUUAGAAAAUACUUCUGUAACCGGGGCAACUACAUCUGAAGGCUCUACAUCGACAUCCAGUACAGAAGCAAGCUGCACAUCGAGAAGAGCAGAAUGUGUAUUUGUUGUGAAAAACAUUACAUCUGGUGCUGAAGGCACUCAAUCUGGUAUGAAAGGCACAGUUACUCAAAAUAUUGAUAUUUUGGAAAAAAUAGCUCAGUAUUCAUCACAGGGCGGUAGAAUCAUGUGCAUAACAGUGGUGGGAAGUCUAGACCAAACCUUAGCUUCGGACACCGACCUUUUUGAUCCAAAGUUGAGAUUCAACACAGUUUCAGUUGCUGAUGUAUUCAUGGAGGUCCCUCGCAUGCCUCUUCCAGCGAUGUUUAUUUAUCAAAUAGUCACCACCCUCAUUCCAUACCGGGUUAAAGGGUUUCGGAACAACCAGGAGGUUUCUGUCUUGUUCGACUACGCGGAGUUCUUUUUAACACACUUAAAUCAGGGCUGGAAGUUAGUCGGAAUCAUACAGUACGAUACAGGAAAAAACAGACUGAAUUCAUUUUGGUUUUUUGAGAAAGAAAAGACGAGAAUCGACGAUUCAUCACCAGUGUACGAAGGAACAAUUGUUGCGCAUAAACAUAUCUAUGAGGGUGCGACAAAAAGAGUAGAAAUGAUCAAGAGUGACGUCAAACCUGUCUUGCAGGAGAUGGGAGCGAAAGGCUGGGAAAUAGCUUGUUCAUUGGAUACACCAGAAGCUACAAGAAUUAACGAGAUAACUACACAGAUAAUCAUACUACUCUUCUUUCAAAGACGAAUAAUUUAUCCAUAAUGACGCGCACGAUAAAUAUUCCUGGGGUGAACGUGACGUCACAGCCUGCAGAUUGGUUGCAAUGCAUAACCUGCUGCAGAUUAGUUGCAAUGAAUGACCGAAUGCAAUAUUAUCAUAUUUUUUAAAUUUCUUAAUUUAAUUUAGAACUGAAUUAAAAUCAUAGUUUAAAAAAGCUAGAAAGUUUGAAGUAAAAAUAUUAAAUUUUCAAGGAAAAUUUCAAAAUGUGAAAAACACCAGAACGAGGCUAGACAGUAACUUUGAUUCCUAAGAAAUUCUUUUUAAUUUACAGCAAUAAGAUUUUCUAAAAUAAAUAUUUCUGCUUGCUCUUUCUGAUAGUAGUGUGUAUUAUACGUUUAAAGAUUCGUUUUCUUUUCCUGAAAGUUAUUGGGGCCAUUUAAUACUUGAGCUUUGUAUAUAUUAUAGCCACGCCUUUUGUCCUUUUGUUCUCCUUGGAAAGAAAAUACCUCUUACAGAAAAAUCAUUCACUAUCCGGAGAGUUAAAUGUUCUUUGUAUUUAGUAAAAACUCAUAUUAUAAUCUUGGGGGACGUUUAUUGGGGUCAAUGAGAUUGGGAAUGAAAAAAAAAAAAGAAAGUAAAAUGAACUUUCAACACUUUAGUGGCUUCAGCGUCACUUACAGCGAUAAUUUAUUGAACCCACUUGAGUUUUAAACCAACUUUGAGCUGGAAACGAAAAAGAACGAAAACAGGUUCAUAUAUGACCAAAACAUUUGCAAAAUACCUUAGAAAAUUAGUUUAAUGUGUUAGGAAGUUGUUGCUUAACGAAUUUUGAUACAAAACACCGAAUAACAGUAGUAAAAAAAUGUAAUUACUUGAACUGAGGUGUCAACAUUUUAAGGGCUUCAACGUCAC